AUGCAACCACUGCUCGAGAACCUUAUCUCGAAACACCAAUCUGCCUUCGUGCCGGGAAGAGCAAUCAUGGACAACGUCCUUAUUACCUACGAAACUCUGCACUAUCUCAAACUAUCUAAAGCAGCGAAGAGAUGCUCCAUGGCUGUCAAGACCGAUAUGAGCAAAGCUUACGAUCGCAUAGAAUGGGGCUUCCUCAAAAAAGUCCUUCAGAAGCUCGAGGUCCUUUCGGGUCUGUGUAAACAAGCUCAAGCCUCCGGAAAGCUCAAGGGACUCCAGGUAGCAAGAAGAAGCCCGUUCAUCAAUCAUCUGCUGUUUGCAGAUGAUUCGAUGUUCUUCUGUAAGACAAAUGAAGCCAACUGCCUUACCCUUAACACCAUCCUCUCACGCUAUGAACAAAGCUCAGGGCAAUGCAUCAACCUUAAUAAGUCCACCGUUACGUUCUCAGCAAAAACUCCACCUGAGGUUAAGGCAAGGGUUAAACUCUCACUAGGCAUAACCAAAGAAGGAGGAGUUGGUAAGUAUCUCGGAGUACUUGAAAAUUUUGGAAGAAGGAAACGAGACGUCUUCACAGUCCUAGUUGAUAAAAUCAGACAACGAUCCCACAGCUGGACCACGAGAUUCCUCUCAAGAGCAGGGAAAAAAAUUCUCCUCAAAUCCGUUCUCUUAGCCCUCCCUACGUACACGAUGUCAUGCUUCAAAAUACCUCUAUCACUUUGCAACCGCAUCCAAUCUAUUCUCACCCGCUUUUGGUGGGAUAGUUCCCCGGAUAAGAGAAAAAUCUCUUGGAUAGCAUGGAAGAAGCUCACAAAACCAAAGGGAGAAGGAGGUCUCGGGUUCAGAGAAGUGGAGACUUUCAAUGAUGCACUCUUAGCAAAACUAAGUUGGAGGAUCUUAAAAAACUCUGACUCCCUUCUAGCUCAAGUCCUCAUUGGAAAAUACUGCUCUGAUUGCUCCUUUAUGGAGAGUAAAGCUAAACCAACUUCUUCUCAUGGCUGGCGAAGUAUCAUUGCAGGCAUGGAAGUGCUCAAACAAGGAGAAUACACGACGAAAUCUGGUUACCUCUUAUUAUCAUCACAGAGCUCACCCUAUCGGGCCUCGGACUUCAACUGGUACAAGAAUAUAUGGAAUGUCCCAACAGCUCCAAAAAUUAAACACUUCCUCUGGAGAGCAGCUAACCAAGCCUUACCGGUGGGAAACCUUCUCGCCUACCGAGGCAUCACCACAGACCUCCAUUGCAAACGAUGUGGAGGACUAGAGAGCAUCAGCCACAUCCUACUUGACUGCACCUUUGCAAGAUCGGUCUGGAACUUGGCUCCCCUUCUCACAGGACCUGCCUCCAUCCCCACGACCACAAAUAUCAAACAAAUCCUCACCGAAGCUCACAAAAGCAUCAAUCUGCCUCCGACAGGUAUCUCGAGUACCCCAAUCUACUCUUGGAUCCUCUGGAAUCUCUGGACAACGAGAAAUCAAGCUAUAUUCGAAAAUAAGAUCUUCUCGGAAGCAGAGACUCUUCUGAAAGCUCUCCGAGAUGCCAAGUCAUGGGAUUCAGCAAACUUGACCAUUGAGAAAUCUCCAAAAAGUCCAAGGUUUCCUACAGAUCGACCUAGAGAUGCCACUUUCCUUUGCAAUGUGGACGGCGCUUGGAUUCAAUCCACACAAGGAGGAGGCAUGGGCUGA